AUGGCUUCACCAGACGUUCGGCCAGAACCCCACCCUUCCACAGUCUUUUCCCUCGUCCCUAUCAAUGGAAGGGCAGAAGCGGCGGUGACCCACUCCCUCAAUAGCCACCUGAUCUCUGUUGUCCAACUGCCCAACAAUUCGAGCAAGAUUGGAAUUAAUGUGGGUCCGCACAUCGGUUCAUCAUCACAAAAUACCCUGGCGACACUUGGACGCAGUGGUGCCGACAUCACACUGGAAGGAGCAACCAUUUCGCGCAUACAUUGCUCCUUCGAAGUCAACGAAAAUUUUGGUACGAUACUCUUGUAUGACCGAUCAUCAACCCAGCCAACCAAGUUCUUCGGUCCUGAUUCUCGACCCUUUGAACGAGGCCAAAUCCGUCGAGUUGUUGUUACCCCCGAGAUGAAUACACUUUUAGGCAUUGGAGGCGACAAUUGCGAACUGCUUCUGUUCCGGCUGUUUUGGCACAAAAAAGACAUCAGUCUGAUGAACGUCGUGGCUAGUCGAAGUGAAAAUCCUCGUCACGCCCGGACGCUGGACGAGACGCCGACCGCAGCAGCUUCGAGAUAUCUAACAAGAAUUCACACACCUGGCGGACCACUUGCGAGUCACAAAUAUGUGAAGCUCCGCCAGGUAGGUGCAGGGGCCUUUGGGAAGGUCUGGAAGGCGAUUGAUACCAACACUGGCCGCAUUAUGGCUGUCAAGGUUGUGAAGACUCUGGGUCUCUCCACCCAUUGA